AUGGUGUCCACCACUUGGGCGCACCCUCACCACUCCCUUCUCUCCUCUGAGAUGGUUGAUUUUAUUAACAAGGCUAACACUACCUGGACGGCCACAAAGAAUUUCCAGAAUAUCGAUUCCACCUAUGUCAAACAGCUGUGUGGCACCAUACUGAAUGGACCCAAGCUACCAGAGGUGCUUCAUAAUAUUGAAGGCAAUAAACUUCCUGACAGCUUUGACGCACGCAAACAGUGGCCCAACUGUGCCACAAUCCAACAGAUCAGAGAUCAAGGCUCCUGUGGGUCCUGUUGGGCCUUUGGGGCAGCUGAGGCAAUAUCUGACAGGUUAUGUAUCCAAAGUGGUGGUAAGAUCUCUGUGGAGAUCUCCGCUGAAGAUCUGCUGGCCUGCUGUGAUGAAUGCGGCAUGGGCUGUUUUGGUGGCUUUCCGUCUGCUGCUUGGGAAUUCUGGGCAAAGAAAGGGCUUGUCACAGGAGGCUUGUAUGACUCUAAAGUUGGCUGCCUACCCUACACCAUCGCCCCCUGUGAGCAUCAUGUGAAUGGAAGUCGUCCUCCGUGUGGGAGUUCAGAGACUCCUAAGUGUGUGCAGCAGUGCAUUGAUGGAUACUCACCAUCAUAUGAGAAGGACAAACACUUUGGCAGACGCACAUACGGCGUCCCGUCGGACCCGGAUCAGAUCAUGACGGAGCUGUACAAGAACGGGCCUGUGGAGGCAGCUUUCACUGUUUAUGAAGAUUUUCUGCUGUAUAAGAGUGGUGUGUAUCAGCAUGUGACAGGGGAUAUGCUGGGCGGUCACGCCAUUAAGAUCUUGGGCUGGGGUGAUGAGAACGGGACACCCUAUUGGCUGGCUGCAAACUCCUGGAAUACUGACUGGGGAGAUGAAGGUUUCUUCAAAAUCAAGCGUGGAAAUGACGAAUGUGAUAUUGAGUCAGAAGUGGUUGCAGGAAUCCCGCUCAACUAG